UCCGUGGAUUGCGGAACGUUUUACUAACUACGUAAUAUGUAGCUAUCUGUUAAGAUACUGCUGUUUUUUUAUUAUUCAACAUGUCAGAAACGAUAACGUCAACACGGAGAGGAUUUGUGGACUUCAGUCCAGUGAAGAGAGACGACGGCAACAAAGAGAAUGAUGUUCCCAUUUUGAGUUUGAUCCAGUUUUCAAAGGCUCCUUUUUUGACUUUUGGAACAGUAAAGUUGGGAACCUCCAAGUCGACUGUUUUGCGAAUUGAAAACCCGACAGAGGAGGCAGAAGCGGAGGUAACUGUUGAAAAGAUCCCGUGCAGUAAAGGCUUCUCCGUGGACUCCACCACGUUCACGAUUCAGCCUGAAGGCUCAUACAGUUUGACAGUCACCUGGACGCCAACAGAGGAAGGUGGAAUCAGAGAGCUCCUCAUCAUCAGUGCUAAUGGGGUCCUCAAGCAUCAGGCUGUUCUGCUGGGGAGAGCAGAAGCACCAAAGAAGAAGAAGAAGAGCUUGUGGGACACAAUCAAAAACAAAAGAGAGGGUGAAAAAAUGGCUGCACCCAGGAGGAAGAAAACAGAUCACCCACUGAAGAUGGCAGCCAAUAAAACCUUCCAAGUGGCCCGGAAGCCACAGUACAAACUGGAAAAGCCUCGCAGCCCGCUUGCUUCUCUCAACAAGGCUAAAUCUGUCAGAGAGAGGUCCCUCUCCAAGCACAGUCCCAUUGACGAUUACCCUCAGAAAUCAGAGGAGCUGAAGGCCUUGAAUUCCACCCAGAGCCAGCGGUCUCUGGCCUUAUCAGACCAGGAGAAGACCCACCACGCUCAGGGGAGCUCUCCUCUUGUCCUGCUCGUCCCAGCCGGAAAGCUGAUGGACUCUGGCAAUGUGUCUGCUAGCCCAGACGCUUUGAUGGGCAAACUUGAAAACAAAGAUCUAACCAAACUGCUCAACAGGACGCUGUCACCUAUCGGGACACCGGAGAGGUUUAAGAAGCUCAUGCCUCGUAUUCAGUCAGAUAGCCCACUCUCUGCUGCUGUGAAGUCUGUGGCUGAUGAAGAUGAUGCUGACUGUGUGUUAACUGGAACUCCGGUUCCAUCCUUAAAAGAUGCACUGGCCCUCAUUGACUCUGAUCUGAGCCACAUUAACACCAGUCCUCGAGACACUAGUUCGAGCUGUGGCUUUUCAGAUUCACUGGAAUCCAAGAGUGGGAAUCAUGGCUGUGGAAAUGACAGAAAUGUCCUCAAAGCACACGAUAGCCCACAGGGGUCUGAGUCCAGUGAGCCAAGACUUACUUUCUUUGUCAGCAAAAAUGUUGUUAGUGGGGUUUGUGUUUUGGAGGCGGACAAGGCGACAGAAAGAGUCAAAAAGGCCUCUUUUACCUCCGCCACAGUGACCAAGAGCAAAGCACCGGUGGAGGCAAACGGCUCGAGUGGAAGGAAAAUAAAGAAGUCAAGGCGGAGGCUAUUAGAGAAAACACUUGAGCUGUCUGACGGCGGCAGCAGUCAGUAUGACUCUGGACCAGGCACUCCAAGCCUUCCUGUGAUAGACCCAGACACAGGAACCAAGGGAUGGCCGAGCUCUGAGGCCGCCAGCUCCCUGUGUGACGACAGACGUGAAGCCCAGGAGUCUUUCUCCCUCAGCCCGACCCCACGGCUCUACGGCUCACCUGCACCCAUCACCUUCCCUGUCACCUCCCCUCCAUCUUUGGCCCCCGCCCGCUUCUCUUUCUCAGUCACCUCCCCUCCUCCUGCAAUCGCUGCUGCCGUCGCUCUUACCGUCACCUCUCCGUCACCCUUGGGCUCGUCUUCUCCUCUUCACCUCAACCUCGCGUCAAACCCUAAGCUGUAUGAGCUGUCUCCAACUGCUUUCGCACCCCCGUCCGUUCAGGAAGACUCCUUUCCCAUCCACAUGGCUGUGAAAAGCAAGAAGAGGAAGAGCGAGGAGUAUCUGAAAAGCAGCGGGAAGAUUGUGGAUGCUGCAAAAACGGAGCGGGUCAAAAGGAGCAGGGUGGUCGCUGGAAAAACUGAGCCCUCAAGAUCGCUCCAAGACAGGAGAAGUGCAUCACACAGGCAGCAGCCGAGAGCAGCAGGCUCGGUGCGCUCCAUGACCACAUCGUCUCUAAAGUUGUCACGGUCUGUGGUUCCUGCCCAGGCAAAGCAGUCAAGCUCCAAACUCACCUCCAGAGGUGCCCAGUCUCUGAAGUCAUCUGCUGCCCCAGCUGUGAAGACGUCAAAAAUCACUGCUGUAGCGCAGUCAAAGCUGACCUUUAUUAAGCCGGUGCAAACAGCCAUACCGAGACACCCGAUGCCGUUCGCAGCCAAGAACAUGUUCUAUGAUGAGAGGUGGAUCGAGAAGCAGGAGCGGGGAUUCACGUGGUGGAUCAACCACGUCCUCACCCCAGAUGACUUCAAAGUCAACACUGAAGUCGCUAAAGUGAACGCUGUGUCCAUUGCCAUGGGCAGUGAUGACAAGUUCAGUGUGCCUAAAGCUCCCACCAAAGAGGAGAUGUCAUUCAGCACCUACACGGCCCGACGGAAGCUAAACCGCCUCCGUCGCUCUGCCUGCGAGCUCUUCACAUCUGAGGCCAUGGUCAAGGCUAUUCAGAGGCUGGAACUAGAGGUGGAGGCCAAGAGGCUGCUCGUCCGAAAAGACCGCCAUCUCUGGAAGGACAUAGGUGAACGCCGAAAAGUCCUCAACUGGCUUCUUUCGUACAAUCCCCUGUGGUUGCGGAUUGGGCUUGAGACGAUCUACGGGGAGCUGAUCUCACUGGAGAGCAACAGCGACGCCUUGGGUCUGGCUAUGUUCAUCCUCCAGCGGCUGCUGUGGAACCCAGACAUCGCUGCUGAGUUCAGACACGCCAAAGUGCCUAAUCUUUACAAAGACGGCCACGAGGAGGCGCUGUCUCGCUUCACUCUGAAGAAGCUGCUCCUGCUGGUGUGUUUCCUUGACAAAGCCAAGGAGUCCCGGCUCAUCGAGCACAACCCCUGUCUGUUCUGCUUGGACGCAGAGUUCAAGACGAGUAAAGACCUGCUCCUGGCCUUCUCCAGGGACUUCCUGAGUGGAGAGGGGAUCCUCCCCCGGCACCUGGGCUACCUGGGGUUACCCGUCUCCCACGUGCAGACGCCCCUGGACGAGUUCAACUUCGCUGUGAGGAAUUUGGCGGUCGACUUGAAAUGCGGCAUUCGUCUAGUGCGUGUGAUGGAGCUCCUCAUCCAGGACUGGGGUUUAUCUGCAAAGCUGCGUCUGCCAGCCAUCAGCCGCCUGCAGAAGGUCCACAACGUCGACAUGGCUUUGCAAGUGCUCAAAAGCAAAGGGGUCGACCUCAAGGACGAGCACGGCUCCACCAUUGAUUCCAGAGACAUUGUGGACGGACACAGAGAGAAGACACUGAGCCUCUUGUGGAAAAUCAUCUUUGCGUUUCAUGUGGAGGUGAUUUUGGACGAGGAUCAGCUGAGGGUUGAAAUUGGCUUCCUGAAGAGAACCCUGAGGACCAAACGGAGGCUGGCGUCGCUGAGGGCCGAUCGGGGCCUUCAGCCCAGUCCUGCAAAGACCAGGGUGCCCUAUGAACACAGCAGCACUAAGAUCACCCUGCUGAUGGACUGGGUCCGAGCUGUGUGUGACUUCUACAAUCUGAAGGUGGAGAACUUCACCGUGGCGUUCUCGGAUGGCCGCGUCCUCUGCUACCUUGUCCAUCACUACCACCCCAGUCUCCUGCCAGAGGAGGCCGUCAGUCAGAGCACCACUCAGAAUGUCGAGUGCUCACCGAGGGGCCGCCUGGAGCUCAACUGCUCAGCCAGCGACUCAGACAACUCCUUUGACUCCUUGCCAACAGGCCUGAAUGGCCCAGAUUCUCCAUCAGUGGAGUUUAAAGAGCUACUGGAGAAUGAGAAAAACAACUUCAGGCAAGUCAACUCUGCUGUGUCUUUCCUGGGCGGAGUUCCUGCCAUGAUCAACCCAGCUGACAUGUCCAACACCAUCCCCAAUGAGAAGGUUGUGAUGUCUUACCUGUCCUUCCUGUGUGCUCGUCUUCUGGACCUGCGGAAUGAAACCAGAGCAGCUCGAGUCAUACAGGGCGCCUGGAGGAAGUACAGAUUAAAGAAAGAUCUACAGCUGUACAAGGAAAGAAAUGUGGCUGCUGUAAAAAUCCAGUUAGUUGUGAGGAGUUUUCUCCAGAGGCGCAGAGCCAAGAGGCAGAAUCGAGCUGCCGCUCUCAUCCAGUCGGUCUGGAGGGGUUACGCAGCCCGCAACAGGCUGAGGCUGGAAAAAGAGGCUCAACUUCGGGCUCUGCAGCAUGAAGCAGCAACUGUCAUCCAGGCUCAGUGGAGGAGGUUUUCAACCAUGAGGGCUUACCAGCGCCUCAGGUACCACGCCAUUGUUGUCCAAGCACAAUGGCGAAUGAGGAGGGCAGCCUGUGCUUAUGGAAAAAUCUACUGGGCAGCAACAGUCAUUCAGAAGCGCUUGCGAGCGUGGGCUCUUGCAAGAAGAGAUCGGGAACAUUAUCUCUCCCUUAGAACUGCAGUGGUGAAAAUACAGCGAGGGUACCAAAGAUGGAAAAUCCAGAAAACUGAAAAGGAAAACCGUGCUGCCAAAGUCAUACAGGCUGUGUUUAAGAAAUGGUACGAGAUAAAAAUGGCUGACAGAACUGCUGCUGCUGUAAGGAUUCAGUCUUGGUAUCGAAUGCAGAGGAGUCUCCAUCAAUACAGGAAGAUCAAGACAAGCGCUGUGCUCAUUCAAGCCCAAUACAGAGGUCAUGCACAGAGGCGCUGCUUUCAAAUGUUGAAGCUGCAGCACCACUCGGCCGUCCUCAUUCAGAGUGCCUUCAGAGGGCAUGCUGUCAGAAAGCAGGUGGCAAGGAUGAGAUGUGCUGCAGUCAUAAUCCAGCGGUGGUUCAGGGCCUCUGUGGAAAGAGACGUGGAAAGGCAAAUAUUUGUGAGGAUGAGAUGUGCAUCCAUUAUCAUACAAGCAGCUUAUCGUGGAAAAGUGGCUCGGGAAUCCCUGAAAAAACAGCACGAGGCAGCAACAGUGAUCCAGGCAGCUUUUAGGAAGUAUGCUGCCCAAAGGCGCUACCUUCUCUUGAGAAAAGCUGCAGCUGUGGUGCAGCGGAAGUACAGAGCCACAGUUUUGGCUCGAAAGACAAAGACGGAUUAUGAUGCUCUUAGGGAUGCUGCACUCACUAUACAAGCUAACUGGAGAGGCAGAGCUGACAGGAAGAUGAUAGAAAAACGGCAUCAGUGUGCCACACUGAUACAGGCUUGCUACCGCCGGCACAAAGCGAGCACAGAGUACAGGUCCAAGAAAGCGGCUGCUGUAGCCAUACAGCGUCACUACAGAGCUUAUGUGGCUGGAAAGGAGAUGAGAAAAGCAUACCUGCGCUUGAGAGCAGCCUGUGUUGCUCUCCAGGCUGGAUUCAGAGGCAUGAGGGUUAGGACAGAGCUGAAGAAAAAACACCGGGCAGCGACUGUCAUUCAGUCUUCAGUUAGGAUGUUUUUAUGUAGGAAGCGAUAUUUUCUCCUCCAAAGUGCAGCGAUUAUCAUCCAAAGCCGAUACAGAGCUCUUGUGGCCUGCAGGGCACAGCAAAUUGAAUACAGAGAGCUGAAGCAGGCCGCCACAAAGAUACAAGCCGUCUACCGGGGAUUUAGAGUGAGAGGAGCCCUAAAGAAGAAGCACAAUGCUGCCAGAGCAAUACAGGCUCAGUUCAGGAUGCACAGAAUGCGUAUGGCUUACCUUGCCACCAAGUGCGCUGCCAUCAUUAUUCAGGAACGGUACAGGGCCAAAAUGCUCAGGGAUCAAGAGGUGCAGAGGUACAGAACAAUGAAAUCUGCAGCUGUAGUCAUCCAGGCAGCAUAUCGUGGCGACAAGGCCAGGAGGAAGAUUGCCCAGACGCACCAAGCUGCCACAAUCAUUCAGAGAAAGUUUCUGACCAUUCGGGAGAGGAAUAGGUUCCUAGCUAUCAAGGCAGCAGCUUUGGUUUGUCAGCAGAUGUACAGAACCGUGACUUUGGCAAGAAAAGACCGUUUGGACUAUCUGUCAAAGCGAAGGGCAGUCAUUUGUCUGCAGGCAGCCUACAGAGGGUAUGAGGUCAGAAAGAAGUUGCGUAACCAGCAUACAGCAGCUGUAACAAUUCAGUCUCAUGUCCGAAUGUACCAGCAGAGGACCUACUACAAGAAACUCAAUUGGGCUGUCAGUGUAUUGCAAGCACGUUACAGAGCCAACAAGAAAAUGAGAGAGGAGAUGCAAGCCCUGAGCAUCAAGAGAAAUGCGGUUGUUGUCUUACAAGCUGCCUUCCGUGGAAUGAAAUCCAGACAAAUCAUCAAACAAAGGCAUCAGGCUGCCAAUGUUAUCCAGAGGGCUUUCAGAUCCCGCUGCGAGCGCAAGCAGUUUCUGACCUUCAAAUCCUCCGUCCUCACCAUUCAGCGGCGAUAUCGGGCCACUGUAGCAGCCAAGGACCAAAAGAGACAAUACCAGCAAAUACGCAGAGCAGCAGUCAUCCUUCAGGCAGCAUACAGAGGGCAGCGGGUCAGGAAAGAGGUUGCUCAGCGUCAUCAGGCUGCCACUGUGAUCCAGUCUGCAUUCAGAAGACACAGAGAGGAAGUAAGGUUCAAGGCCAUGCGUUUAUCCGCCAUUAUCAUCCAGAGAUAUUAUCGGGCCUGUAUUCUUCAGAGAAAAGAGAGAGACAAUUUCUUAAAAGCGAGACGUUCUGCCAUCCUUCUUCAGGCAGCUUUCAGAGGUCAUCAUGUGAGAACCAGCAUUGCCAAGAUGCACAGGGCAGCUACUAUCAUUCAAGCAAACUUCAAGAGGCACAAGCAGCAGUCGGCCUUCAGGAGGCAGCGCUGGGCAGCCUGUGUCUUGCAGCAGAGGUUUAGAGCUCAGAGAAAGAGAAACAUUGAGAUACAACAUUAUCAACAGUGCAAAAAAGCUGCUGUCGUGUUACAGGCUGCAUAUCGUGGAAUGAAAUCCAGAAGAAUCAUCAAACAGAAGCAUCAGGCUGCCAGUAUUAUCCAGAGAGCUUUCAGAACACACUGUGAGCAGAAGCAGUAUCUGUCCCUCAAAUCCUCCGUCCUCAACGUCCAGCGCAGAUAUCGGGCCACCGUAGCCGCAAAGAAACAAAUGAGAGAAUACAAAACAAUGCGUAGAGCAGCAGUCGUCCUUCAGGCAACAUACAGAGGGCAGCAGGUCAGAGAGGAGGUUGCUCGCUGGCAUCGAGCUGCAACUGUGAUCCAGUCUGCAUUCAGGAGACACAGAGAGGAAGUAAGAUUCAAGGCCAUGCGCCUGUCUGCCAUUAUUAUCCAGAGAUACUACCGCUCCUGUAUUCUUCAGAGACGAGACAGAGGAAACUUUCUAGAAGUGAGACAUUGUGCCAUCACCCUUCAGGCAGCAUACAGAGGGCAGCAGGUCAGAAAGAACAUUGCUCAUUGGCAUCAGGCUGCUACUGUGAUCCAGUCUGCAUUCAGAAGACACAGAGAGGAAGUAAGGUUCAAGGCCAUGCGCCUGUCUGCCAUUAUCAUCCAGAGAUAUUAUCGCUCCUGUAUUCUUCAGAGAAAGGAAAGGGAAAACUUCCUCAAAGUGAGAUGCUCUGCCAUCCUUCUUCAGGCAGCUUUCAGAGGUCAUCAUGUGAGAACCAACAUUGCCAAGAUGCACAGGGCAGCUACUGUCAUUCAAGCAAACUUCAGGAGGCACAAGCAGCAGUCGGCCUUCAGGAGGCAGCGCUGGGCAGCCUGUGUCUUGCAGCAGAGGUUUAGAGCUCAGAGAAGGAGAAACAUUGAGAUACGACAUUAUCAACAGUGCAGAAAAGCUGCUGUCGUCUUACAGGCUGCAUAUCGUGGGAUGAAAUCCAGAAGAAUCAUCAAACAGAGGCAUCGUGCUGCCAGUAUCAUCCAGAGAGCUUUCAGAACACACUGUGAGCAGAAGCAGUAUCUGUCCCUCAGAUCCUCCGUCCUCACCGUCCAGCGCAGAUAUCGGGCCACCGUAGCCACAAAGAAACAAAUGCAAGAAUAUAAAACAAUGCGAAGAGCAGCAGUCGUCCUUCAGGCAGCAUACAGAGGGCAGCAGGUCAGAGAGGAGGUUGCUCGCUGGCAUCGAGCUGCAACUGUGAUCCAGUCUGCAUUCAGAAGACACAGAGAGGAAGUAAGAUUCAAGGCCAUGCGCCUGUCUGCCAUUAUCAUCCAGAGAUACUACCGCUCCUGUAUUCUUCAGAGAAAAGAAAGGGAACACUUCCUAAAAGUUAAACGUUCUGCCAUCCUUCUUCAGGCAGCUUUCAGAGGUCAUCAUGUGAGAACCAACAUUGCCAAGAUGCACAGGGCAGCUACUGUCAUUCAGGCAAACUUCAGGAGGCACAAGCAGCAGUCGGCCUUCAGGAGGCAGCGCUGGGCAGCCUGUGUCCUGCAGCGGAGGUUUAGAGCUCAGAGAAGGAGAAACAUUGAGAUUCAACAUUAUCAAGAGGUGAGGAAAGCUGUUAUUAAUCUGCAGGCAGCCUUCCGUGGAAUGAAAUCCAGAAGAAUCAUCAAACAAAGGCACUGUGCUGCCAGUAUCAUCCAGAGAGCUUAUGGAGCCUUCUCUGAACGCAAGACGUAUCUGAAAUUGAAAUCGUCUGUUCUUGCCAUUCAGCAAAAGUAUCGUGCUACUGUAGCAGCUAAAGCACAAAGAACACAAUACCUGAAAAUGCGCGGCGCAGCCAUCAUCAUUCAGGCAGCAUACAGAGGGCAGCGGGUCAGGAAAGAGGUUGCUCAGCGACAUCAGGCUGCCACUGUGAUCCAGUCUGCAUUCAGAAGACACAGAGAGGAAGUCAAAUUCCAGGCCAUGCGCCUGUCCGCCAUUAUCAUCCAGAGAUACCACCGCUCCUGUAUGCUUCAGAGACAAGACAGAGGAAAGUUCCUGAAAGUGAAACAAUCCACCAUCAUCCUUCAGGCAGCUUUUAGAGGCUGGUGUGUCAGGAGGGACAUUAGCCGGCAACAUCAAGCUGCCACUGUGGUCCAGUCGCAGUGGAGAUGCUGCGUGCAAAGGCGCAUCUUCCAAAGGAAGAGGGAGGCAGCUCGGAUGCUUCAGCGGAGGGUUCGGGCGGUGCAGCUCGGCAGGUUGGAGAAGAAGAACUACAUCCGAAUGAGGCAAGCUGCUAUCACGCUUCAGACACACUGCCGAGACUGGAUUGCAAGACGACAGGUACUUGAGGCAACCAUGGCUGAGAGGAGGCUCCGUUUUACGUCGGCAGUCUUCCACCAUCUCAGUGCCAUAAAAAUCCAGCGAGCUCUGAGAGCCCACUGGGCUUUGGAGUCGGCCAAAAGACAAAUCCAUUCUGUCAUCACCAUACAGCAAUGGGUGAGAGCGAGGCAGCAGAGGAGACGGUAUCUGGAGGACAGGAGGAAGGUGGUUAUAGUCCAAAGAGCGGUCAGGCGCCGCUUAGCUCGUCGACACAAGGCUGCGUCCGUCAUCCAGCUGGCUAUCCGGAAAUUCCUCCUUUUGAGGCGCCAGAGGAGGGUUCAGCAAGGCAUUGUCAGAGCUCAGGCUCUGUGGAGAGGACACCGCUCCCGCAGACUGAAUGACAAUCCCAAAGUGGUGAAGCUGAGGCACCGCUUACGCAAAGUGUCCGCUGACGUCCAGGAGGAGGACAAACUGUGCAACAAGACGUCGUCUGCCCUGGACUACCUCCUUCGAUACAAACACUUCUCCUACAUUCUCGAGGCCCUGAAAAACCUGGAGAUCGCCACCAGGCUGUCCCCAGAGUGCUGUGAGCGGCUGGUGGAGAGCGGAGCCACCAACGUCAUCUUCACACUCAUCCGCUGCUGCAACAGGAGCGUCCCCUGCAUGGAAGUCAUCACCUUCUCCAUCCAGAUCCUCCUCAACCUCUCCAAGUACCACAAGACGAUUGAGGCAGUGUAUUCGGUGGAAAACUCUGUGGAAACGCUGCUGGAUCUGCUGCAGAGAUACCGGGAGAAGGCGGGGGAUAAAGUGGCAGAAAAGGGUGGCAGCAUCUUCACCAAGGCCUGCUUCCUUCUUGCUCUGCUCCUGCAAGACAAGCACCGCGCUGUGGAGGUUAUGAAGCUACCAAAGCUCUUGGACAGGAUACGCAGUAUUUACCGCCUGACUGCUCGCAAACACAAGAUGGAUGCAGAAAGAACUGUCAUCAAACAGAAGAUGAACGCGUCACUGAAUGGAAGCUUCUUCAUUCAAGCGACGCCACGUAAAUCUCGCCCUGCUCCAAAAUUUGCACCAGACUGGGUUCUCAGAAAGGACAAGCUAAAAGAUAUUGUGGACCCGCUCAGGGCCAUCCAAAUGGUGGCAGACACACUCUCUAUUGCACUGUAAAUAGCAAAGCUUUUAGAUCUCCCUGUGUCAUCUCCUUUUUUUUUAACCUUCAGAAGAUAUUGUUUUAUGUGUUGUUUAAAGUUUUUUUUUUACCAACGCAUUUCCAAAUUUUAAUGUACAUAUUAAAAUGGAUUUGUUA